UCCCCCCCAGAUCCUCGUGCAAACCCUCGUGCGAACCCUCGUGCAAACCCUCCUGUCAACCCACAUGCAAACCUUCCCAUCCGUCUGCACGCAGAGCCUCGUGCGAGCCCCCCCCGCGGAUCCUCCCCUUGUGUGAACCCUCGUGCCAAUCAAUGUGUGAACCCUCGUGCAAACCCUCCCGUCCAUCUGCACGCAGACCCUCGUGCGAGCCCCCCUGUGGAUCCUCAUGCAAACCCUUGUGCAAACCCUUGUGCAAACCCCCAUGCAAUCCCCUGUGCAAAGCCUCCUGUGAACCCUCGUGCAAACCCUCGUGUCAAUCUGCGUGCAAAACCACGUGCAAACCCUUGUGAGAAUC